AUGCAGAACUUGUCACUAGUAGAAAAUCUUACUAAUACAGACACAUCACACCGGAUGUCUCUAAAAGACCUAGCAGCUGAAGUAGGUGGUACAUCUCUUGUUGAAGGUGACUGUAACUCGAAUGAAAAGACAAAUAAUGAAGAAAUUAUUAAUCUUAAAGUAACGCAGCAAAGCCUCUCUGGAGUAAAUAGCAAAGGGAGAAGUUGUGAGGGGUUUUCUGAGAGCAGUUAUAGUACCUCAGAACCGAGCGGUUCCUGGGGUGAUUUUGAAGGCUUCAGGGACUCCUUAGACAAAUCAGAGAGAUUCAGUCAUAAUCUUGAAGUUUUGGUGAAGUCAACAAAAACUUCUAGAGGCGGUACGGACUUAAGCAGAGGACAUUGCAGAGCUUCUGCUGGCCACUUAUGUUCUGAGCCAUCUCCACACAGUAGGAUACAGGAGGCUUGGAGCUCUCUAAAUGAGGCAAACCACAGCUAUGAGGAUAUAUUUAAGUUGGGCUUUCCAGAGAUCUUUGUAUCACAGUCCAGAGAGAGCAUAAGAAGCUUAGAUCAAGUACUUGAUACAAAUAAUGAAGAUGUUGGGAUUCCUGAACUUAUGAAGAAUCAACUUUGCAUUGAUUCUGGAAACAUAUGGAGAACACUUAGAGACUUUGAUAAUACCCCCGGCUUAAGACAUCCCUGGAGUAAAUCUCAUUGCCAAGAAAACCUCUUGAGUGUUCUUGGAAUAGAUGCAAAUCAAAAGGACUUUUUGGAGAGCCAGGAUGACAUUGUUGAGGACUCAAAUGUUAAAGAUAAUGAGGACUGCAGAUUUGAUGGAUUCAGUAUUAAUAACUGCAAAGCACUGAUCCAGACCAAGCUUUCUGUACCACUGGAUUCCAGACACGGUGAUCUUUUCACCUGUAACCUCUUUUUGAAAACCACAUCAUCAAAUGGAAACACACAAUAUAUAACAAUCCCAAGGAAGAAGCACAUUUUCGCUACACAUAACCUAAAAAUGAAAUUUUUCAGUAGUGAUGUUUGUUGAACCAAAUGCACUUUUAAAUCUUUUUUUUCCUUUUGAAC